CACGACGGAACGGAACUUUACGGCAGUCAAUGAACUACAAACACGCAGUUGCAGUUUGCUGACCUUCUGUGGGACUCAAGCAAGCAUGGCUGCCCGGGCACUGACAAAAGGGCUUUGGGGGCUACGUCACUCACGGCUUGUUACAGUCGGACACCCCUGUGGUGGACACCAGUAUGCUACUGCAGCGUCUAUCAGAUCACCCCAACUCCAAAUUGAUGAUGCUACAGAAAAAGUAAUAAACCAGCCACUCGAGAAGCCGGACUUUUUCCGUGUGUCAGAGCUCUUCUCGGUGAAAGACCUGUUCGACGCUAGAGUGCAUCUCGGCCAUAAAAAGGGUUGCAGGCACAGGCUCAUGGAGCCAUACCUCUAUGGCUGCCGUUUGGACCAAGAUAUAAUUGAUCUCGACCAGACUGUGGAGCACCUUCAGCAAGCCCUUAACUUCACCGCCCAUGUAGCGUAUCGUGGUGGCGUCAUAUUGUUUGUCAGCCGCCAGCGUCAGUUUGGCCAUCUGGUGGAGAGCACGGCUAAGAAUUGUGGGGAGUACGCCCAUACGCGAUACUGGCAGGGCGGCCUACUUACCAACGCCCCCAUCCAGUACGGCCCAGGAGUCCGCUUACCAGACCUCAUCAUCUUCCUUUCCACUCUCAACAAUGUGUUUCAGCCUCAUGUUGGAAUCCGAGAUGCAGCAAAGAUGAACAUUCCCACAGUGGGUGUGGUGGACUCAAACUGCAACCCCAGCCUGGUGACUUACCCUGUGCCUGGGAAUGAUGACACUCCGGUUGCCAUGGAGAUGUACUGUCGCUUAUUCAAGAUGACUAUCAACCGUGCCAAGGACAAAAGGAGACAGAUGGAGCUACUGCACGGCCUGUUGGCACCCUCCACACCAAGCUCGUGACGCAAUAUAUUCUUAAAUAAGAGACCAUUUAAAAAAUGCAUUUAAAAAAAAAAAAAAAAAAAAAAUGAAGUCAAAACCGUCUACUUCUCCCCUUUAUCAUGCAUCUUCAUUUGGAGAAAUGCUAGUGUUCAGGGCUGAGGCCACAAUGCUGUCUUGUUUUAAGACUAAAGUUGUGUGUAUAUUACUCUUUAAUGAAUUCUGUUUCUGUGACACGGUCUUCUGGUUCUAAUUUAACAUUUUUCCUACAGUAGUUUGUCCAAAUGUAACUGUUGUGCACCACUGGCUCCAAACAAUGACAAGGACUGAAAUUAUCUUGACUAUUAACACAUUUGUAUAACAUUGACUAAAUCAGAUAUCACUUUGUGUAAUUGAGUACUUGAUUAAUUACUAAAUCACUUAAUGAUUUCACAGUG